CGCCUUUCGCUCUGCUCCAGGAAGGCAGGCCAGCCUUGGGCGUCGGAGGGAGGUCGAUGGAUGCUAUCUGAAGAUUCCGAACGCGCGAAUUCGCAAUUCUGCUGCAGGAAAUGGCUCUCUGCGCGCGGGCCUUCGUGCUGCGAGCACCGCUUCCGCUUGCGCUUCCGCGGCCCCGACGCGCACCUGCACCGCCUCAACGGUUGUGCGCCCGCGGCUCCGUGGCCGCGCUCGGCCCUCUCGUGCACCUGGCCCAGGCGCAAUCCGGAGUCGACCAUCACUCGCUGAUUGCAGUGCUCGCUCAGGAGUCUGUGGUCGAAUCUUUCAGCAAUCUCCUCUACAGCGCCGGACAAGAUGCUAAUGAAGUUGUGCAGAAUCAGUUGACUGCGCUCGGGCCAGCUAGUGUGGCUAUCAUUUUCGGAGCUGGAUUGAUUACGAGUUUGUCCCCAUGCACCCUCAGUGUUCUGCCUCUGACCCUCGGCUAUAUCGGGGCUUCAGGUCCUGGAAAGAGUCGGACACAGAAAAUUGUGGACUCCCUCUCAUUCUCCCUAGGCCUGGCCACGACUCUAGCUCUUCUCGGAGUCGCGGCGUCACUGGCUGGCAAAGCCUACGGUCAAGUUGGGCAAGGUCUGCCGGUGGCUGUGUCCUGCGUUGCCAUGGUUAUGGGUCUAAAUUUGUUGGAGAUUAUUGAGCUGCAGCUACCAUCCUUCUUCGGCGAUUUUGAUCCGAAAGCUGCAGCAGCAAAUCUACCUACCAGUGUUCAAGCAUAUCUAGCCGGUUUGACUUUCGCGCUCGCGGCUUCUCCCUGUAGUACACCUGUACUUGCUUCCUUGCUUGGCUAUGUAGCUACUUCUCAGGAUCCCGUGAUUGGAGGGUCUCUGCUUCUAGCGUAUACAUGCGGUUAUGUUGCACCUCUCCUUGCGGCUGCUUCAUUGGCCGGUGCAAUUCAACAACUGAUGUCUUUGCGCAAGUAUUCAGCUUGGAUCAACCCGACAAGUGGAGCGUUGCUGCUGGGUGGUGGCCUCUACACUUUCCUUGUUCGUGUCUUUCCGGAAACAGACAUGGGCAUGAUGACCAUGUAAAGAUUCUCAACAUAUCAGCCACAUUAUCCGACUGUAAUAUAAACUUCUUGAAUACAAGUCAAGCUUAAAUUCAGUAAUUCAGUCACUGUCUGUGUUCGUGAAUUUCCACGUUGUUAAGGAGUUACUUGAGAAGCAUCUACGGUGUACAAUGUUCGCCUCCCUCGCAUGGAUUGUCCAGCAAGUGGAAGUUCGUUCUGAGCUCACUCUUUCAAGGAAUCGAUGGCAUGGUGUUGUACCGAUUUUGCUUGCCUCCGACGGCAAAUGGACGCCGCGGAUGUUCUUUUUUUACUCGAGCAGUUUGCGCCAUCGACCGGCUUCGCAUGGCACGGCAGUCACGCACAUGCCGACACCUGGACCUGCUUCGCAUGGCAUGGCAUGGCACUCACGCACAUGCCGACCCUUGACCGGGUUAGCAUGGCACGUCAGCACAUGCUUCCAGAGCUGACUAUCCUGGAGGGAGCAGUAGUACCAGAGGUCAGGGUUUAGGGUAUCAGGUGUAGGAUAUAAAAGGGAUAACGAGACUGCAGGCUAGAACAACGUCGACCGUAUGCCUGUGGGCUGAAGUCAUACGGUCACCGUCGUGACGGUUUUUCUUUUUGUCACCGUCUACUGAAGAAUUCACCCAUCGAGUGCGCAUCCUCUAGUGUACAAAUUAGACACAUGGGUAGUCGAUGUAAGACACGUGUCGACUACCACAGUCCAUCAGUCUGCGGUAUCACCAUCAAGCGCACAGGCGCUUGGUCUUAAUCUGUUCCUGAGCUGGGGUUCAGGAACAUGAACAAUCAUGGCAGAGUUAAAUUGUCCAUGGCUGAACUCGCCUUGCUUGUGGCUCACCUCACCUCGCCUCAAGUCCGUCCAGUUUUCUUCAAAUCCGUCCCAACUUUGCAUCAAGUAGCAACCACUAAACGAUGUGUCUCCUCUCCUGCAAAGUUUUGUAUUCAAAAGCAU